AUGGCCUCUCACGCUCUUUGUCGCUGCAUCUGUGGGUCCAGUCGGCUGAAUGAGCAGCUGGAACGCGCUGGUGAGGUCGCUGCCAACCUGCCCGGAAAGCCUCCGCCAGAGUUUGAGGAAACGAACGUGAUCUCUUACCCUCCGAUUCAUGGGCGUUUAUCUUAUUCGCUCUUGGCAGACCAGCCUUUGCGAGGGACGCCCAUCCGGGAGGGUGACUUGUGGCAUCUGUCGACCGAGGAGAGAGUAGAUCCCGUCCACGUGUCUUUACACGUAAAUGGAUUCAGGUUCCAGUUAGAUGGGCAAGAGAUGGCCAUCUCCUUGUCUCCUUUCACGCUGGUUCGCAACUGCAAGUUCCAGAGCACGUAUCCCAUGCUCAACGUGGCGGACUUCAAGAUCUUCAAGGUGUCCUUAUUUGCCCAAGGUGCUUGCUACUACUUUGGGGUGCGUGGAGAGAAUGAGAGGGAGGCCGAGGAACUACGAUCCCGCUGGGUCUUGGACAUCUCUCGUGCAAUGCGCCUUGUUACCCAAACCCUGUUCCCUCCCUUUCAGAUCUCCUGUCGUCCUGUGGAUGCAGUUCCUUCAACCCAUUCGCGCUUGAUGGCUGGUUACCUUGUGCAUUUUGACGACUGCUUCACAGCAUCGGUUCUCUACUGCGAACUACAUGUGCAGACUCAGCCGGAUCACACAAGAAUUGUAAUGUAUGAGAACGAAAGCUGCCGACAACAGCUUGCAGAAAUUUACGUGACCGACCGCUCCAUUUGCUGUGAGAAGAUCGGGAUCAAUUGCAGCUGUUUCUCGGUCGAAGAUCACCAAUUCUCCGCCCGAACUCUGGGUGAACGCAAACUCUGGCUGCGGGCGAUAUCGAACCUCAAGGUCAAGUUGCAAAACAGUGCGCCGGUUCCGUCUUCCAGCGAGACAUGGCACUACAGAAAUGCAGUUCAAGAGCAUGCCACAAAGCAUGCUGUGUUUGAGGAGCAUGCCAAGACAGAUGCCUUGUUGCAGCGAACAUUCAUUCGACCGCUGGGCUCACCAACAGAGACUGCAUAUCAUGCUACCCUUGGUGCGCUGCCUUUGCCUCCUAGUCCAGAGGACUUCAACUUCAGUGAGAAGCGCCGAGCAGAUGGGGAGCAUGGCGUCCUUGCCCUCCCGCUUCCGACAUCGGCGGCAUCGCCCAAUGCACCCGACGUCUUGCAGCCCCAUGGGGAGGCACACUCGGCGCACUCGGCACACCCCCUGCGACGCUCCUCCUCGUUGUCCGAGCCGCUGAGGAAGCUCAGCGAUGUUUGGUUGAGGCCAACGCGACCACGCAGCAAGUCCUUCCUCGUGCCCCAGCCAGUGCCCAAGCCGAGUGAUGGCUGA